CAUGUGUAGAGAUGAAUGUCAAACAUUCAGAGGAGAUGGAUGACAGCAGGUGUUUGAAAGUUCUCCUCCAAGGCGUCGAAAGCGUGCAAGAAGGAAGAGCCUCGUGACCAACUUCACGAAAAAUAAAAGCUUCAAAAUGACAGAAAGUGUCAGAAUGGCCCCACAGACUGUGAAGUCCAUGGCUUUCCAUUCCCAAAAGGAGAUGUUUGAGAAAAUGGAGGAGUCUUUUAAAGUGUGCGCGCAAUGUGAGAAGAGCUCAGAUCAUCUGCCGAACCCUCAAAACCUAAAACGCUGUUCCAGAUGUUUGAAUGUUUAUUACUGCUGCAAGGAGUGUCAAAAGGGCAACUGGCUCAUACAUAAGAAGUUCUGCUCACAGUUGCGCCUGGCUGCCAUCGACAGAGUGGUGGAAUGGCUUGUGUUCAAAGGAGAUCUUCCCUUCCCAACCGACAAUUGGACAAAACCCGAGUCCGAGAUAAACAACUGGGAUGACUGGCUCGCCAUGCAGGGUGAUCUGACUACUCCCCUCCAUCCCAUUUUGACCGGAGCGAACAUGAAAGCCUUAUGGGGCGACGCAGGUAGGCCUCGACCUGAGGAUGAAGACCUGAAGCAGUCCCUGUGGAGAGUCUGCAGCGAGUUCUUCUCCAGGCCUCUCACCAUCGCCUGGGGGAUGAGGCUGUUCGGCCUGAACCCUUAUUCCAAACCUCUCACCAUCCACCUGGUGGGAGUCGGCCAGAACGAGACUCUAGGAGCGAACUUGACAGACUAUGACGAGCUCAACAAGAUGUUCCCUGGACACCAGGGGAUAGAAAUAGUCAUGGUGGGACCGGAGAUGAUAGAAGGGCCCAUCGUGAGGCCUCCACUCAGAGCCUUUGGACCAAAGCAGAGGGUCUACAUCAGUGCCUACAAAGGCCUCUACCAUCACUUCUGGGAGGAAAUGGUGGAGAAAGAGGAAGCAGCCAAGCCAGACUUGGUGGUCGGGUUUCAUCCUGGAUUUGAUGCCAGUCAGGAUUUGGAGCAGGGUUGGCUUCCAACACUUCUACUUCUGAGGGAUUAUGAGAUUUCCUCUAUGUUCACAGCUCUGAGUGAGGCAGAAAUGACCUACUCGCUGCAGAUCCUGCUGGAAUUGGAGAUGCACAUGAAAGGAAGUGGAGCCAACCCCUUUGCGUCACUCAAACCAGAAAUGGUGGGCCCAUGUCCCAACAAGCCACCCGUAUACUGGAACUCGCACUACUUUUGUUUUCGAGGUCUACUAGAGACUGCUCAGUUUGAGGAACCAGAUGAGGCCUAAGGGCCUCAGCUCUGUCUAUGCCGUUCCGUACGAUUAACUUAAACAAAUUGAGUAUUAUUGAUUGUCUUUGUCUGUUGUUCAAAAACAUGAAAUUCUUCAGUUGUAACUAAUUAACUGUUUGAUUGAUUAAAUUAUUAAUUGAUUGACAAAUAGUCAGAAAUAAUAAACCACCAUGAUGACCUGCUUUCAAAUAUACAACAGAAAUAAUUCAUUAAUCAUAUUCCAUAAAUUAUAUUAAAUACACCAUCUAAUAUUUUGGUGCAGCGUAGCUUUUUGCAUUCGACUGAAUAAAAAAUAAAAUGGAAAACGUGGAGGACUGAAUGAAGACUAGUGUUAGUUUCUAGACGGAUUUAUUUUAUUAUGGCCCCUGUUAGCGCUGAUUCUGUGGUUGGUGACAACUAUAUUUCAAUACGAUGUGACGACACAAAUAAUCAAUAAAACUCAUAGGUUUUAUAUGGCA